GCUGGGGCAAGGGGCCGAGCUACAGGGAGUUGCGCGGGACUGCGUGGAAGGACCGCCCGGAGGUGCCGCCGCCGCGGCCGCCUCCUUGUUGAGAAGAAGCGGCUCCUCCCCUGCCGUGCCCGGAGAAUGUGUGUGUGUCCCGGGCCCAGACGAAUUGGAAUCCCAGUCAGAAGUUCCAGCCUGCCGCUGUUCUCUGAUGCCAUGCCAGCACCAACUCAACUGUUUUUCCCUCUGAUCCGUAACUGUGAACUGAGCAGAAUCUAUGGCACUGCGUGUUACUGCCACCACAAACAUCUCUGCUGCUCACCCCCUUACAUUCCUCAGAGUCGCCUGAGAUAUACACCCCAUCCGACAUACGCUACCUUUUAUAGGCCAAAGGAGAGCUGGUGGCAGUACACCCAAGGAAGGAGAUAUGCUUCCACACCACAGAAAUUUUACCUUACACCUCCACAAGUCAACAGCAUCCUGAAAGCUAAUGAAUACAGUUUCAAAGUGCCAGAAUUUGAUGGCAAAAAUGUCAGUUCUGUCCUUGGAUUUGACAGCAAUCAGCUGCCUGCGAAUGCACCCAUUGAGGACCGGAGAAGUGCAGCAACCUGCUUGCAGACCAGAGGGAUGCUUUUGGGGGUUUUUGAUGGCCAUGCAGGCUGUGCUUGCUCCCAGGCGGUCAGUGAAAGACUGUUUUAUUAUAUUGCUGUUUCUCUGUUACCCCAGGAGACUUUGCUAGAGAUCGAAAAUGCGGUGGAGAGCGGUCGAGCACUGCUCCCCAUUCUCCAGUGGCACAAGCAUCCCAAUGACUAUUUCAGUAAGGAGGCGUCCAAGUUAUAUUUCAACAGCUUGAGGACUUACUGGCAAGAGCUUAUAGACCUUAACACUGGGGAGUCGACUGAAAUUGAUGUUAAGGAGGCUUUGAUUAAUGCAUUCAAGAGGCUUGAUAACGACAUCUCCUUGGAGGCUCAAGUCGGUGAUCCCAAUUCUUUCCUCAACUACCUGGUGCUUCGAGUGGCAUUUUCUGGGGCCACAGCUUGUGUGGCCCAUGUGGAUGGUGUUGACCUUCAUGUGGCCAAUACUGGUGAUAGCAGAGCCAUGCUGGGUGUGCAGGAAGAGGACGGCUCUUGGUCGGCAGUCACUCUGUCUAAUGACCACAAUGCUCAGAAUGAAAGAGAAGUGGAACGCCUGAAAUUGGAGCACCCAAAGAAUGAGGCCAAGAGUGUGGUGAAACAGGAUCGGCUACUUGGCUUACUGAUGCCUUUUAGGGCUUUUGGAGAUGUAAAGUUCAAAUGGAGCAUUGACCUUCAAAAGAGAGUGAUAGAAUCUGGCCCAGACCAGCUGAAUGACAACGAAUAUACCAAGUUUAUCCCUCCUAAUUAUUACACACCUCCUUAUCUCACUGCUGAGCCGGAAGUAACUUACCACCGAUUAAGGCCACAGGAUAAAUUUCUGGUAUUGGCGACUGAUGGAUUGUGGGAGACAAUGCAUAGGCAGGAUGUGGUUAGGAUUGUGGGCGAGUACCUAACAGGCAUGCAUCACCAACAGCCAAUAGCUGUUGGUGGCUAUAAGGUGACUCUGGGACAGAUGCAUGGCCUUUUAACAGAAAGGAGAGCCAAGAUGUCAUCGGUAUUUGAGGAUCAGAAUGCAGCAACCCAUCUAAUUCGCCAUGCUGUGGGCAACAACGAGUUUGGGGCUGUUGAUCACGAGCGCCUCUCCAAAAUGCUUAGUCUUCCUGAAGAGCUUGCUAGGAUGUACAGGGAUGACAUUACAAUCAUUGUAGUUCAGUUCAAUUCUCAUGUCGUAGGGGCAUAUCAAAACCAGGAAUAGUGAGUGGAUCUUACCCUGGCAGUUCUCAAAUGAAAUAGAUUUAAAGAACAGAUAGAUUUUUAAAAGAUCCUAAUAUAGGAAACAUUUCCAGUGGGUCAUUCUAAGCAUUUCCGCAUUUGAUACUCUAGUCAGCCAAGUAGUCCAAAUUGACUUUGUAGCAGGGUGGCAGGAUCCUGAGUCUCCUGCUUAGCUCGGACCUCACAGCACUUGCACUUGAGGCACGUCAGUUCCUCACUGCAGAUGUCUUAUGACAUUGGCUUCUUUUUUCAAUCUGAGAAAAUCAGGAUGACCUUACAAACAGGAUCUUGAAUAGGCCCAAAGCAAGGAACUUGCUGGGCAUAUUCUCUUGGUAAAACGAAAAAACAUUACUGUUCACACCUGCAGACCCCUUUCAUCACCAAGAUUCCAGUGUACACGAGAACAUUUAUUUAUUGCAUGAUCUCCUAGAUAUACAACCUAUGCGUUAUUCAUAUAACUUUAUUUUAACCUGAAGUAGUUUUCAAAUCCAGUGCUUUAAGCCAUAAAGGACCGAGAACCAAGUAAUCUGAAUUUGUAAGUGUGUAUGAUUAUUUGACUGGAAUCCUUAAAUGGAAAAACAAAUGCUACCCCCUUCCCCACCCCUGAUUACCUAAUGUGAUUGAAACAUUUUCUCUCUUGCCACACACUUGAAGACAAUAAAGGUGUUUAGUUUUAUCUACUCUUAUUGAUGUUAAAUAAAGGAAAAAUAAUUUUUUCAGUUUAUAUUAAUGAAAAGCUUUAUUUAGUUUGAAAUAAAAGAUCCAGAAUGAAGAGAAGAGACUGAUAUGUUCAAUUAUUGUCAUCUGCAGCCACCAGCACGUCACUCUUAUCAUGUAAUUCCGCGAAGCGUGGCAUGCUGUGUGUGCCGGGUAGACUGCUGCUGGGAAAUCAUACUUCUAAUUUAGUAGUGAUAAUAAUUUUCACCACUUUUGGACUUUUAAGGAUGACACAUAUAAAAUAAAUUUAAAUAUGUAAUUUUGGGGAGUAAGGUUUAAUAUUACCUUCGGGUGUUGAAAUGAGGAAGUUUUUUGGUUUUCCCCACUUAGAUGUAGGUCAAUUAAAAUAAUUGGUUUAAAAAUUACUAAAUGCUUUAAACAUAUUGUAGCUUAUAAAUAGGAAUGUUAAGAUAUAUACAUGAGAAAAUUUUAAAGGUAACUAUUGUGCAUGCCUGAUGCUUAAUGGAACACUUAGCAGCAUCAAGUAUUGUUUGCAGC